AUGAAAGCAUCUUCUUCACUUCAUGAAUGGAGACAAUAUCACAACUCUUAUCACAACUCAAAGCUACAAGAUUGUUGUGAAGUUAUAUCCAAGCUUGAACAAACACUCAACUUGCCCAAAAUCAAGAACAUACCCAAAGCCAAAGACUUGGUUCGAGCCAUGUAUGGACUCAAGGUUCAGACCAUGCUCAUCUUUUCCACAUUCGUGGCUGCAUUUUCAACUUUCCCUAGGGUUCUUGUUGAGUUGCAGGUUCCUAAACUGUAUUUAUGGCAAGAAUCUUUUACAGAGUUGCAGGUGGUUGUCAAUGCUGAAAUCAAGAAUGUAUAUAGUUCAAAUGGGGUUUCUCCAUUGAUGGAGCUUCGAAGAAUUGAGGAAAAUGUGAAGAAGUUGUACCCUUUGCUUCAUGAUGGUUUGGGUGAUGUUAAAGAUGAAGUUUUUAAGAGUUAUUGUUCUGAAUUGAUGGAGAAUAAUGAGAAGUUUUUGGUUGGGUUGGAUGAGAUCAAAUCAGAAAUGGAUCGUUUUUUUAAAGUUGUGGUGAGUGGUCGAAUGGCAUUGUUGGAUAAUUUUCAACAGCAACCACCAAGGAGUGGGGUCCAACAGGUUAGAAUGUGA